ACGCCUACGUGAUAACUUCAGGGCGCGUUGUAAAGAGGAAGCGGUGUAUGUGAAGUAUGGGAAGGCCAUGGCCCAUCUUUGCAGCCAGUCGGUGAAAAUCGAUCCAAACUUUCUUACCAAAUUUGGCUGGGAUUUUUGGGGAGGCAGGAGUCGGUUCAUUCGCGAUGCAUUCAUGGCUGGCAGUGACGCCUACCGUCGGACUGACACAAGAAUACGACGCUGUACAUCAGGCUAAUGUACGUACUGCUCUGAGAACAUUAGUCGUUCACGGACUGGACCAUAGUCUUUCACUUCCGGAUAGCGACGAACUGAUUUGGAACGGUGAUCUACGGUGGCGUCACGGUAACGGGGAUAGGCCCCGCCGUGAAGAAUUCGACUGGCUCGUUGAUUACCUGGUGGAUAAAGCAAAGGACGACCAUGAAACGGAAGGUGAUAUUUUGCUUGCACUGAGCGCCAUGCAGGGACUAGGGAGCUCUGCUAAGCAACCUUCCUUUAUUGAUGCGCUCAUCCGUUGUAUGGGCAACGACAAACCUUCCCGAGUCCGGCAUGCCGCGCUGAGACUUGUGUCUGAUGCUCGAGGGGAACUCGCUGCUAUCACAGAUGACUUGAUGCCACAGGGUGUCGACGCAAAUCUCCUGGAUUCGCUUUCUCGCGCUCUUUUGACUGCCGUAUGUCCACAGCCGUACCAGGCAAUUCAUUCCGACGCCUCUUUCCAUGAGGACCGAGACCGUCGCUACAUCAACCUUAUCUUUUCCCUGACAAAGACUGACGAAUGGUGUCGACGUCAGACCCGUCAGACCCUUCAUGGCCAUCUAAAGCGAUGUAUUGACCUAGUUGAUGAAAUCAAUAGAAGGGAGAGUUGGUUUCUCGGAUUCUACCUGCCUGCAAUCAUUGGGCGCGUCAAUCCUAUAUGCGAGGAUCUCGCUCUCAAUCCUGCCCAGGCGACGUCACUCAGGCGAUUAAUCAAGGAAACGUGGCGCGCCCACAUUUAUGAGAACGAUGACGACUACGUUGACGCAAUACCAGCCCUCGUGGCAGCGACGAAGUUGAAUUUACCACUAGGGGAGUGGCUUGCAGAGGAGGUGCGUGGGGCGUUGGAGUACUUUCAGGAGCAAGCAACCCUUGUGAAGAAUGGUGUAGCUCGAGCUGCGGUCAACGCUGCACUAUGCUCUCUGGAGGUCUUUCACAAAGAACUGCAGUCUGCGUUAUAGGCUCGACCACAGGAACUCGUUGUAAAGGGACAGCGGAUCCUGGCCAAGUAUGCACUGGGUUUAUGCAUUUUAUCCGCUAUCAGCUUACUCCAUUCUCUUUCCUUUGUCCGCCGUAAGCAGGGUGCCGAACCGAGCGAGACAUACUCUGCAUACUCUUCGAAGUCGAACAAUGCGAAUUCCUACCCUUCAUUUACUUAUCAUACUAGUCAUCGUAGUAGCUCGUCAUAUACGUUCUUUUAUUCCCUCCCACCUACCGCCACAUUCGUUAAUUUGCACCACUGGCUAAUUCCUGAAUUUCUAGUGCCAAAUCGCUGUUUG